AUGUCUCGACCGAGAGCCCAUCCUGUUCUGGCGACGGCCGCUGAGCUCGUCAGCUGCACGAGAUGGCUUUGGAGUCUCCUUCUGGCCCUUUGGGUGUGGAUACAGCGUCGCCUUAGCCGGCAUGGGCAUCUGCCUUGCAAGCCUGAAUUAGACUCGUCAGGAAGCUUACCACAAGGCACAACUUACCUCAAGCAGCAGCUGGAAGACUUCGAUGAGUGUCCGAUUCAGAUGACUCCCAUGUUAGAGCCCGUCAGAGUCGUCCACGAGGACGAAGAUGCCAGGAUGGGACAGCCAGCACACAUCAUGGAUCUUGAGGCUGCAAAGCGGUGGCUCUCAGAGUCGCCAGCAGAGGCUCGAUGUCCUUUCUGCCGUGGUCGCGUGCUCCAUGUCGAGGCAGAGCCAGCCGAGCAGCUGAAGGUCACUCUGCGAUCGCUUGCGGAGAAGACUUACACCAACAGCGAGGGUGUGGCUCAUAAGGCCGUACGGCUUGGAGAUGCUCGGCUCCUGACGGCGCUUGGACGCCUGCUACCAGCGGCCAAGUGGCGAGACUCGCUGCUGCGGAAAAAUGCUCAAGGUAAGGGGCCCUUCGAGCUGCUUGCCAAGCAGUCAAAUGAGGAAGAAAUUUGCGGCUUCAUGAAUGGAUUGGACGUACAGCAAGCGCGUGACUUCAAGGACUUCGUCCCAGGUGCGAUCGUACAUUCCCGACUCUCGGCACGGUUUGCCAACGGCUGCGAAGUGUGGUCACGUCAGAAUGUAUCCGAUCCGAAACCGAUUCGACCUGGAGAUGAGGCUUUGGUUCUAUCAGGCAGUGUGUAUUAUUUGCUGAGUGUGUUGCCUGGCGGGGACUCCCGGGUGGUGCUCUUGCGCUGCAACAACAGCUCCGCAGUGCUGUGCACAGCUCCCCUGGCAGAGAGCCUUUGUCAGGGCCGGUGCCCUGAGCUCUACGAGCCCGGGCUGGAAGUGGCCUUGGCGGGGCUCAGCGCCAGUCCCCGGCGCUUCGUGGGUCGAUUCACGAUAGGCGGGGCACCAUACAUCGAUGACUUCGUGGUGGCUGGGAUUUCCAGGUCUGCAGCUGCCCUGCGCUUGGAGGCUCCAGCUGCUUGGUGCCUGCAAUCUUUUGGCGAGUGGGAGAUUGAGGACAGUGCGGGCAAGCAUUUUAUUGCCAAAAACCACGUGUACAGAAUUCCUUCAAGACAGUCAAUCCAAAUGAAGAUUCAGCCGCAAGGCAUUCAACUGGUUCUGCGGCCCUGCUUCCUGGCCCGGAGAGCAACAGAGGACUUUGUCGCCAGCCUGAAGGUCCAGCCGUCUCUUUGCGACUCCAGCGGACAGAAGUUGGUGCUGGUUCGCUUCCAAAUGGAACAACUACUUGAAAGCAAUGGCAAAGAUGACGUUCCCGCCAUGCGAACAGAACAUGUAGGAGCGGUGGCCGGGGGCUUCAGCGUGGGGCGGUGUGGGCACCUGGCGGUGCCCAUGGCAGGACACCUGGGGGCCGCGGUGAGCCGCCGCCAUUGCCUCCUCCAGCUGCGAGGCGAGCAGUUGGUGGCUUACGACGACGGCUCUGCACUGGGUACGAAGUUGAACGGAGAGGACCUGGGCGUGGGUCCCGGUGCUGCGCGGGCAGUGCAGCAGGGGGAUGUGCUGGCGCUGGGAGGAACCCUCCUGCGCCUGGCGAAGGUGUCUCCGGUGCUUCGAGCAGACGACGACUCAGCUCUCCCAGCUUUGUUGGCUGACAUGCUCUCAUCGUUUGAGUCCUGCGAAAAGCUGAAGAGGAUCGCCAUGAGUCGCUGA